CCCGGGCACGGAGUGAUGGGGAGGCGCGUGCGCAAGCGCCUCUCUUCGACUCUUGCCCCGGGCACCUCGCGUUCGCGGAGGCAGCGUGCGGACACCACGUGCGAUGCAAAUUAUUUAUCUGCUGCUAAACUAAGCCAUGAGUCUGGUGCUACAUGAGCUGCUUGUUUGCUGCCGUCAACUUGAAAAUGACAAAAUUACAGAGCGAAGGAAAGAAGUUGAAAAAUUCAAACGUCUCAUCCGUGAUUCUGAAACAAUUAACCAACUGGAUCGUAAUUCUGACUCUAAACAAGGAAAACAACUGAACUGGGAUGCUGUAUUUAGGUUUCUGCAGAAAUACAUCCUGAAAGAAACUGACAGUAUCAGAUUGGCAAAACCAAAUGUAUCUGCGUCAAUACAAGCUUCCAGGCAGAAGAAGAUGCAAGAGAUCAGCGGUUUGGUCAAAUACUUCAUUAGAUGUGCUAAUAAAAGAGCACCCAGAUUAAAAUGUCAGGAGCUUCUGAAUUAUGUCAUGGGCAUCGUGAAAGAUGCAUCAAGUUGUGCUAUUUAUGGAGCUGACUGUAGUAGCAUACUACUAAAGGAUGUUCUUUCAGUGAGGAAAUACUGGUGUGAGAUAUCUAAGCAACAGUGGUCAGAACUGCUGACCCUGUACUGCAAAUUGUAUCUCAAACCUUCCAGAGAUAUUAACAGAGUUUUGGUGGCUAGAAUAAUUCACACACUGAUCAGAGGAUGCUGCUUCCAAACUGAUGAACUAAAUUCCAAUCUUUUUUGCUUCUUUGAAAAAGCACUACAGUGUGCAAGGCAGGAGAAUGCCUCUGCCUCUGCAGGUCUGGAUCAUAUUCUUCCAGCAAUUAAUGUCGUCUUCAGUGUGUAUGCUGUGAACUGUCGUAUGCGGAUUUGUAAGCUAGGAGAAGAAAUUCUUCCUACGGUUCUUUAUAUAUGGACUCAGUAUAAACCGAAAGAGUCUGUAAAGGAGUUAAUAAUUCAGUUACUUCAACUGCAGGUUCGUGUUCAUCAUCCAAAGGGAGCCAAAACACAGGAGAAAGGUGCAUAUGACUCAGCAAAAUGGCAAAGAAUCUUACACAACUUGUAUGAUCUGCUGGUGAAUGAGUUAAGUCUCAUUGGCAGUAGAGGAAAGUAUUCUUCAGGAUCACGCAACAUUGCUGUAAAGGAAAACUUGAUUGAAUUAAUGGCUGAUAUUUGUCAUCAAGUCUUUACUGAAGACACCAAAGUCCUGGAGAAAACCCAGUCGUACACUGUUACACAAAGAGAGUCUGGAGAUGAAGCUGCACCAAGCAAGCGUAGGAAGAUCGAAUUGGGCUGGGAAAUAAUUCGAGACAACUUGCAAAUAUCACAGAAUGAUUUUGAUGUCAUACCUUGGUUGCAGAUUACAGCCCAAUUGAUAUCAAAGUAUCCUAUGAGUCUUCCUAACGGUGAAUUAUCUCCCUUACUCACUAUACUACACCAGCUACUACAUCAGCAGAGAAAAGGGGAAAGGACCCCAUAUGUGCUAAGGUGCCUUACAGAGGUUGCUGUUUGUCAGAGCCAAAAAUUAGAUUUGGAAAGCACACAAAAGUUGGAGCUGCAGAGAAUCUGGGCAAAAGUUUGGUCUCUUACGGUUCGCAGCAUAAGUUUUCAGCAAGUUGAAACAGAAAGCUUUGGGUUACUUGGAGCCAUAAUUCAAGGAAACCUUAUUGUAAUAGACAAAGAACUCUGGAAGAUAUUUUCAGGGUCUGCAUACAAGCCUUCGAGUCCUGCUGCACGUUGUUUGGCAUUAGCAAUGACUGCUUAUGUAGUACCGGAAACUUUGAAAGUAGGAAUGGUGCAGAAUAAUUGUGAAGGAAAUACUGGGUGUGUGUUAAAAGAAGCAAUAAUGAAAUGGCUACUGUUCUGUCAUUUGGAAGAGAAGAUGGAAGAAUGUUUUGAGUUACCCCCUGUGCUAUGCAGUGAUUUUCCUCAUCUAGUGCUGCAGAAAACUCUUGUGAGCCUGACUAUGAAGAACUGCAGAGCCGCAAUGAACUUUUUCCAAAAUGCUACUGAGUGUGUGCAACACACACAAGACAAAGGAGAAGUCAGUUUUUUGGAAAUUGAAGAGCUGUAUCUACAGACAACUUUUGAUGAAAUGGCUGUUUUCACCAGUCUUGCAGUGAACAUUGCAGAUAAAAAUCUGUCUGGUUCAGGACUUGCUGUCAACCAAAACCAUAGGGAAACGCUGGAGCACUGUCUGUUAGUGGUGUCAGAACAGCUUUUAAACAGCUACUCUUCUGAGAUUUAUUCCAAGUCUACUACUGCAGAACACCUAGUCCGAUGUGUCAGUCUCUUGAUUGGUGUUCUUAGCUGCUAUUGCUAUGCUGGCACAUUAACUGAAGAGGAUGCAUGUAAAUCAGAAUUGUUCCAUAAAGCUAAGUCUCUCAUACAUUAUGUUGGAGAAAGUAUUUCUCAGUCUAAAAAUAAACUAAAUGAAGAUUCUAGGAUCAUCUUGCUGAGGACUUUGAUAACACAAUGUAGCAACUGCUUAUGUAAUUGUACCAAGAGCAGUCCAAGUAAGAUCUUAUCAGGCUUAUUCCUGAGUUUGUUAACAUCAAAGAUGAUGAAUGAUCUUGUAGAUAUUUGCAAACAUCUGAGUAGGUCCAUCACGUCUUUGGCAAGGUCAGCUUUCUCACGUGCUAUGAGCCCAUUAGCUGAAGAACAUUUGACAAAGCAGGAUUUACUCCUCCUUGAAAUUCUAAGGCUCUUGUGUCUAUGUGUAACUACUGCACAAAUCCAUACAGUCUGCUUCAGAGCACCUGACAUACGGCGGAAGCUGUUAAUGCUAAUUGAGAAAAGUAUAUUUGAUGCUGCUAAAUCACUGCAUCUACAAGUGUAUUUAGUCCUGUUGAAGGAACUCCCAACUGAAGAAAAUUUGUUGCCAGAAGAUGAUCUUCUCCUGCUUCUCAAGCCUCUUUCUGAUGUGUGUUCCUUGUAUCGUCGAGAUCAAGAAGUUUGUAAAGCAAUUCUAAAUAAUCUACUUCCUGCAGCAGUGGGGUUGGGCCAAGCCAACCCAAAUAUUGAAGAAACAGGGGAAGUCCAAGGACAAUUUUUAACUGUUGUGGGAGCAUUUUGGCACUUGACAAAGGAAGGGAGAUGUACGGCUCCAGUAAGAGUGGCCCUACUGAACUGCAUGAAAGCUCUACUUGAGGCUGAUCCUCAUUCAAAUUGGGCUGUGCUUAAUGUAAGAGAUAAACAUCUGCCUGUGAGUGAUGCUUUCCCACAUUUCCUCGCAGAUAGCCACCAUCAAGUGUGCAUGCUCGCUGCAAAGUCAAUAACCAGUUUGUUCCAAGAUAUGAAACAGAGAGAUUCUUCUGGAUUACCAAAAGCUCUUCCUUUGAAGUUCCAGCAAAAGGCCUUUGAGAAUGUAUACCUCAGAGUUCAAGAAGGAAUGAGAGAACUGGCACGUGGUAGCAUGAGCCCUGAAGACCUGUUGGAUGAGCAGUGUAAUAGAAGAGCAGUUCUGCUGAUGCUGAUAACCAUGGUUUUAUGUUGCAGUCCUGUGUGUGAAAAGCAGGCUUUGUUUGCUAUUUGCCAGUCUAUGAAAGAAAAUGGAUUGGAGCCUCAUGUUAUAAAAAAGGUUUUGGAGAGAGUAUCGAACAUUUUUGGCUAUAAAAGUAUAGAAGACUUCAUGACUUCCCAGUUAGACUAUCUGGUGCUGGAGUGGCUGAGAAUGAAAGAUAGUGGAUAUAGCCUAUCUGCUUUUCCUUAUGUUGUUUUGAACUACUCUAGCCUUGAGGAGUUCUACAGGUCUUGUUAUAAAGUUUUGGUUCCACACCUGGUGAUCAGAAGCCAGUUUGAAGAUGUGAAAUCUAUUGCUAACAUGAUUGAAAAAGACUGGCGGCAGCUUCUAGCAGACUGCUUUCCAAAGAUUCUUGUAAAUAUCCUUCCCUAUUUUGCCUAUGAAAGCCAUAGAGAUAGUGAAAUAACACAACAGAGAGAUACAGCUUAUAAAGUCUACGACAUGCUUAAGGAUGAAAGCUGCUUAGGAAAACAGAUUGACAAUUUAUCUCACAGUAACUUGCCAGAGAUUGUGGUGGAGCUGCUGAUGACCCUGCAUGAGCCAGUCAACACCACAGCAGGAGAAGGAGUUGAUCUAUGUAAAUUUACAGGGGAAUUAGACCCUGCUCCUAAUCCUCCUCAUUUUCCAUCUUAUGUGAUCAAGGCAACCUUGGAUUAUAUUAGCAGUUGUCAUAAAACCAAGUUAAAAAGUAUUGUAGCUAUACUUUCUAAAAAACCUGAUUCAUUCCAGAAAAUCCUACUAGCCAUUUGCAAACAAGCAGCUGAUACAAACAAUAUUUACAAAAAACACAGGAUUCUUAUAAUUUAUUAUUUAUUUGUUAACUUGUUACUUAAAGAGAUAAAGGAUGGUUUAGGAGGAGCAUGGGCUUUUGUUCUUCGAGAUAUAAUAUAUACCCUGAUUCACUACAUCAACAGCAGACCCAGUCUUGGCAGAGACAUGUCCUUGCGCAGCUUUUCUCUCUGCUGUGACCUUCUAAAUCAUGUUUGCCACGCAGCAGUCACAUAUUGUAAGGAUGCCCUCGAGAAUCAUCUUCAUGUUGUUGUUGGAACGCUAAUACCUCUCGUCAGGGACCACCAGCCUGAAAUUCAGAAGCAGGUCCUAGGCUUGUUGAAGUACCUAGUGAUAGAUAACAAGGAUAAUGAAAACUUGUACCAAACAAUCAAACAUUUAGAUCCUUUUCCUGAGCAUCCUGCUUUUAAAGAUUUGCGUGCUACUCAGCAGAAAAUCAAAUACAGUAAAGGAGCAUUUUCACUUUUGGAGGAAAUUAACCACUUCUUAUCAGUAAGUUUCUGUGACUCACUGCCAUUUGCAAGACUUGAAGGAUUAAAUGAUUUACGCAAACAACUGGAACAACAUAAAGAUCAGAUGAAGGAUCUCAUGAAAAACUUCCAGGAAAAACCCCAGGAGUAUGUCAUAGUAAAGUUGGUGGUGAGCUUGCUACAACUGGCCAAGACAGCAGUUAAUCAUACAGGUGAAAAAGCAGUUUUAGAGGCUGUUGGAAGUUGUUUGGGAGAACUGGGUCCUAUAGAUUUCUCCACCAUAACUCUGCAACAUAGUAAAAAUGCAGUCUAUUCUAAGGCAGUUGACUUAUUUGAAGGUAGAGAACUUCAGUGGGUCUUCAUAAUGCUGACUCUAAUAAAUAAUGCUUUAAUAGAUGAUUGUAUUGGUGUUAGAUCUGCUGCUGCUGCCUGUUUGAAAAACAUUUUAGCCACCAAGGCUGGUAAUGAAUUUUGGGAGGUUUACAAAAACAAAGCUGAUCCCAUGUUAAUAUAUCUCCAUCCUUUCAGAAUGUCUCGAAAGAAGUUUUUAGAAGUACCAAGUAAUGGAAGAGAGAGUCCUUCAGAAAACCUAGAUAAUGCAAGUGUGUGGAUUCCUCAGAGUGUAAGUCAUGAUAUCUGGAUCAAGAACCUGACUUGUUCAUUACUGGACAGUGGAGGUGUGAGAAAUGAAGUUCUUCAGUUACUGAAACCAAUGUGUGAGGUGAAAACAGACUUUUGUCAGACUUUGCUCCCGUACCUGAUUCAUGAUAUCCUGCUUCAUGAUUCAAAUGAAUCUUGGCGAAAUCUUCUGUCCAUGUAUAUACAGAGGUUUUUCACAGCUUGUUGCAGAUACUCCUCAUCAUCCAGCAGAUCAACUACACCUGCAAAUUCCAAUUCAGAACCGGAAACCUUUAUUCAUGGAGGUUUAGAUAAAGUAUCUCGGCGAACAAUGCUUGAUGUUGUUGAUUACUUGAGAAGUCAAAAGAGAUCUCUUUCAGGUACAGUUUUUGAUGACAGUUUCUGGCUGGAUUUGAAUUACCUUGAGGUUGCUAUGGUAGCACAAUCUUGUGCUGCUCACUUCACAGCUUUGCUCUACACAGAAAUCUACGCAGACAAGAUAAACUUAGAUAAACAACAAGAAAGAUCUGCUUUCAGAGCAUCUAAAAAUCUAACAUUGGAAGAAGAAAGCCAAAGUCCAACUAUUAACAGUUUGAAUGAGAAAAGUAAAGAAGAAACUGGAAUAAGCUUACAGGACCUUCUCAUGGAAAUAUACAGAAGUAUAGGAGAGCCUGAUAGUCUCUAUGGCUGUGGUGGAGGAAGAAUGUUACAGCCAUUAGCUAGGAUAAGAACAUAUGAGCACGAGGCCAUAUGGGGAAAGGCCCUUGUAACAUAUGACCUUGAAGCAAGUCUCCCUCCAGCUACUCGCCAAGCAGGAAUAAUAGAGGCCUUGCAGAAUUUUGGGCUUUGCCAUACACUUUCCACCUAUUUAAAAGGCUUGGAAUAUGAAAACACAGAAUGGUGUGCUGAACUAAAGGAGAUUCGUUACCAGGCAGCUUGGAGGAACAUGCAGUGGGACCACAUCUCUUCUGCUAAAGAUGAGAUGGGAAGAUCAGGCUACCAUGAAUCAUUGUAUGAUGCUCUGCAGUCUUUAAGAGACAGAGAAUUCUCUGCUUUCCAUGAAGGCCUGAAAAAUGCCAGGGUGAGCGAAGUAGAGGAGCUAUGCAAAGGCAGUCUCGAGUCUGUGUUUUCAUUGUAUCCCACGCUCUGCAGAUUACAGACCAUUGGAGAGUUGGAAAACAUAGGACAGCUUUUCUCUAGAUCUGUUAGUAACAAGCAACUGAAUGCGGUUUAUCUGAAGUGGCAGAGACAGUCCCAGCUUCUUAAGGACAGUGACUUUGGUUUCCAGGAGCCUAUCAUGGCCCUACGCACUGUAAUUCUGGAGAUCCUUCUUGAGAAGGAAAGUGAGAAUUCCAAAAGAGAAUGCAUUAAAGACAUUCUCACCAAACAUCUAGUGGAUCUGUCCAAAUUGGCACGAACUGCCAAAAACACCCAGCUUCCUGAAAGAGCCAUGUUCCAGAUCAAACAGUACAAUCCAGCUAUGUGUGUAGUCUCUGAGUGGCAACUGGAGGAAGCUCAGGUUUUCUGGGCUAAGAAAGAAGAAAGUCUAGCAUUGAGUAUUCUCAAGGAGAUGAUCAAGAAAUUGGAUACAAAUUGGUUUCAGGUUGAGAAUGAUCCGAGCCUAAGACUGAUAUAUACAGAGUGUCUGAGGUUAUGUGGAAACUGGUUAGCAGAAACAUGUUUGGAAAACCCUACAGUUAUCAUGCAGAAAUACUUAGAAAAGGCAGUGGAAAUUGCUGGGAGCCACAGUGGAGACAGCAGUGAUGAGCUAAAGAAUGGAAAGAUGAAGGCUUUCCUUUCUUUGGCUCGUUUCUCUGAUAUGCAGUACCAAAGAAUUGAGAACUACAUGAAAUCCUCAGAGUUUGAAAACAAGCAAGCUUUGCUGAAAAAGGCCAAGGAGGAAAUUGGCCUCCUAAAGGAGCACAGGGUUCAGACAAACAGAUACACAGUGAAGGUUCAGCGGGAGCUUGAACUUGAUGAAUGUGCAAUUCGUGCACUGAGUGAGGAUUGUAAACGUUUCUUAUGCAAAGCGGUAGAGAACUAUAUCAGUUGCUUACUUAGUGGAGAAGAGCAUGAUAUGUGGAUCUUCCGCCUCUGCUCCCUCUGGCUUGAGAACUCUGGAGUUUUUGAAGUCAAUGGAAUGAUGAAGACAAUUGCAGAAAAGAUUCCAUCAUACAAGUUUUUGCCUCUGAUGUACCAGCUGGCUGCUCGAAUGGGAACCAAGAUCAUGGGCUGUCUAGGAUUUCAUGAAGUUUUAAAUAAUCUAAUAUCUAGAAUUUCACUAGAUCAUCCACAUCAUACUUUGUUUAUAGUAUUGGCUUUGGCAAAUGCCAACAAGGAUGAACUCUUGGCAAAACCAGAGGCAACAAGAAGAAACAGACUAACAAAAAAUGUACCGAAAGAAAUCUCCCAGCUCGAUAUGGAUCGAAUGGAGGCUGCCAGAAACAUAAUUAACAUCAUAAAGAGUAGGAGACCUCAGAUGGUUAGAGGCGUAGAGACACUUUGUGAUGCGUACAUCACAUUAGCAAAUCUGGAUGCCUCUUCAUGGAAAUCUCAAAGAAAAGGCAUAAGUAUUCCUGCUGGCCAGCCUAUUACUAAACUAAAGAACUUGGAGGAUGUUGUUGUUCCCACCAUGGAAAUUAAGGUGGACCCUACAGGGAAAUAUGAAAAUUUAGUGACAAUAAGAUCAUUCAAGCCAGAGUUUCGCUUAGCAGGAGGCCUGAAUCUGCCUAAAAUAAUAGAUUGUAUAGGAUCAGAUGGAAAAGAGAGGAGGCAGCUUGUCAAGGGCCGAGAUGACCUGAGACAGGAUGCUGUCAUGCAGCAGGUUUUCCAGAUGUGCAAUACGCUGCUCCAGCAAAACACUGAAACUAGAAAAAGAAAACUCACCAUCCGAAGAUAUAAGGUGAUUCCCCUUUCUCAGAGAAGUGGUGUCCUGGAGUGGUGCUCAGGGACAGCUCCCAUUGGUGAAUUCCUUGUGAAUCUUGAAGAGGGAGCUCACAGGAGAUACAGGCCAAAAGACUACAGCAGUACUUACUGUCAUAAGACAAUGAUGGAUGCACAAAAACAGCAUUCUGAAGAGAAAUACAACAUCUUUAUGGACAUUUGCAAGAAUUUUCAACCUGUGUUUCGCUAUUUCUGCAUGGAAAAAUUCCUGGACCCAGCUGUUUGGUUUGAGAAACGAUUGGCAUAUACUCGCAGUGUGGCUACAUCAUCAAUCGUUGGUUACAUACUUGGUCUUGGAGAUAGACAUGUACAGAAUAUCCUGAUAGAUGAGCAAACUGCAGAAUUGGUGCACAUAGAUUUAGGGGUUGCUUUUGAGCAGGGCAAAAUCCUUCCCACACCAGAGACUGUUCCCUUUAGGUUAACCAGAGACAUUGUGGAUGGGAUGGGCAUCACUGGCGUGGAGGGAGUCUUUAGAAGAUGCUGUGAGAAGACUAUGGCUGUUAUGAGAAAUUCCCAAGAAGCUUUGCUGACUAUCGUGGAGGUGCUGCUCUAUGAUCCCCUCUUUGACUGGACCAUGAAUCCUCUGAAAGCAUUGUAUUUGCAACAGAGACCAGAGGAUGAGGCUGACAUCAACUCCACACUCAACACCAGUGAUCAGGAAUGUAACAGAAAAGCCAGAGAUGACCAGAGUUUUAACAAAGUUGCAGAACGUGUCCUGAUGAGGCUUCAGGAGAAGCUGAAAGGUGUAGAGGAGGGAACAGUGCUCAGUGUGGGAGGACAGGUGAACCUUCUCAUACAGCAGGCCAUGGAUCCCAAAAACCUCAGUCGGCUCUUUCCAGGGUGGAAGCCCUGGGUAUGAUCUUGAAGUAUCCAAUAGUUUUUAAGAGUGAAUAGGAAACCUGUUUGAUUUGGGGGGAAGAGUGGCUGGGUCAGCAUUUCAUAUGGAUGUUUCUUAAUGGAAAUACUAUAUCAGAAUCAACUGUGUAGAUUAUAAAGCAGUAGUACUGAAACAAGUGUUUAAUUUUUAAAUGAUUUUUAUCAGAUUAUAUUGUUGAUCUCCAGAACUGUGUUCACCAUACACAAAACCCCAAGUGCAGUAUUCUGGUAUUCCUAUACCAUACCAAAAGAAUCUUGUGACCUUCCAGGAAUAGAUACUUUUUGCUUGCAGUGAGAUGGCAUGUACAGUGUUCUUGCAAAACCUUUUUAAAACAUUCAUCUAAUCUUGGAUAUCAGUUAAGCAUCUAGACCUUGAUUUGUAUAACGUUUAUAGACUGUAUUAUUACCUCUACCGAGAGAAUGAUUUGUAAGCUAAAAGACAUUGAAUAAGUCACUUAAAGGUGUUACAAAAGGAGAAGAAAUACUGUAUCUUAAAGCCGAUGUUGAAGUGAUACUGGACAAAACAACAGAAAGGGAAAUGUUAAAUAUAAAAGUUUAGCGUGAAAAAUAAUUUCAUAUCCAAUGAACGGAUAGGUUCUUGUGUAUUAUAUAGCCUAAUUAUACAGCCAGUGAUGAGAAAAUGAGACAUUAUUGCACAGUAUUUUCUAGAGAAAUGAUCUUUGAGCCUAGUUUAAUAUAGUGCUGCUUUUUGUGCUGCUGUAGCUUAAAUUAUUUUGACAGUUUCCUUGCAUAAACCAUGAUUUUUAGCAUUUUAAGCAAUGACAUUAACUUUAUCUCCAAUUCACCUAUUAAAAUAUCCUGGCCUGAAACCUGACUUACAGGGUCUAGCUCAAGAGCAAACAUCCUUUUGAUAACUGAAAUAAAUGUGUUUGGAAGCUUUGAAGUUAUAUUUUGAAUGCACAACUUGUUUAUUGAAUCUGUGCAGUUUUACUAGUUACAUUUCAUUGCUUGCCCCUUCGUAAUAUAUGAAACUGCCUACUUUGGUAAGAUAGUCAAUAAGCAUGUGCAAUAGGGAAAUCUGUUGAGUCCAUAGUGUCCAUGUUAUGCCUUUUUAAAUCCUUCCUGAAAUAUUUUUUGUUUUAUUUUAAAAAAGUAUAAAUAAAAGAUACAAAGUCUGACAAAAUUCAACAGAAUCCUUAAUAUGGACUUUCUGCCUUUCUCAUAGCAGUGUAAGUUAAUGGUGGAGUGUUUGCCUAAUUUAGCAUUUCACUGACUUUAGUUUGCCUUAUUUUUGCCAUUUCAUUGUAAUUUUAAAUUGUAUUUUUUCUACACACAUUUUAUUCCAGCCUGCUGGUAGAAAUUAAGACAAGUCUUUUUUAGUUUGGUCAUGCUGCAGACACACAUUUCUGUUAGAUGCAAGGUGGGUGAGGUAAUAUCUUCUAUUGGACCAACUUCUGUUGGUGAGAGAGACAAGCUUUCUAAUAUACAUUUCCCAGACCUGAAGAAGAGCUCUGUGUGGCUUGAAAGCUUGUCUCUCGCCAGCAAAAGUGGGUCCAGCAAAAGGUAUUACCUCACCCACCUUGUCUCUCUAAUAACCAUACAUUUAUGUUGACACUCAUGAGUCUUGGAUUCAGCAUUAAAAUUGCAUCCUGGGCUUCCUACUCUAGAGAGUAAGGGAAGCGUGAAAUUGACUUCCUUUUAGGGAGACGGUAGCUGUAGCUACACCUCAGAAUUAAACAUGUCUAAUAGGACAUGUGCCCCACUAUACUAUAGUAUUAAUGACAUCAUUUAAGAAAAGGAGAAGGGUCUUGGCAUGCACUUGUGGGAUGGCAAGCAGGAGGACACUGAAUAAAAAACCUUUGGCCAAGAUUUUCAAAAAUAGGUGCCUAAAGUUAGGCUGCUAAAUAAGUGUGACCCGAUUUUCAGAUGUACUGAGUGACUUUAGUGGGAGCUGCUGGAUGCUGAGCACUUAAGAAUGUCAGGUAACUUAUCUAGAAGUCUAAAUAUGAAAUUAACUUUAGGCAUUUAUUUUUGAAAAUCCAGGCUAUUGAUUUAACGGCCUGCAAUUUUGUCACCAUUCCUCUAAAAAACACCAAAAUCACUGUAAGGGACUCACGUUGAAUUGGGCCAGGGUUUUAGCUCCUAUUACAUGUAUAGAUAUAGCACAUAAGUGUUUGGGUAAACUCUAUCCCGACUGCACCCAUUAUGGAGAAUCCCCUUGAAAGGGACACUGUCAACUAGGUAGGCCCAAAAUUUAGGUUUUGUGUUAAAAUAAAUUAUCAAUCUAAUAUGAAUAAACUGUUCACUCAUUUUUAGCUUCAGAGAUGGGCUAAACAUUCCCCUGUAGUGUUGUGUGAACUCAGUGUGCAUGAGGACCAGAAAAUGAAAUUAAUCAAUCUGUUUUCAUUGCCCACACUGCAUUAAUGGCAAAAAAGAAAUGUAUAUAAAUUAUGUAUGCUUUCAUUAUUUGUAAUGGAAGAUGAUGUAUUAACUUUACAGUAACAACAUUACUUUUGUGGAGGAAUACCUAAUUAAGUGAUGUUAAUGUGUGAUACACUAGCAUUUAUUCUGAGGACUCAGUUGUUACACUAACCUUGUUAAACUAAUUACAGUGAAUUUACCAGUGUCAAGCCACAGUACUCCACGCCACCCAACAGAGACCAUUUAAGCAUUGAGCUUUCUUUCAGUUUUUGUAUGUUGCAGUAGUUCUCUUUUUAAAAGUAAGAACUGGAAAAGUGAACAUUGUAUUUGACUUCUAAACUGUAUAUUUUUGAGCCACAUUCCUGGAUUUUCCUUUGUAUAUGAGAGACCCAGAAAAGACCUUUAAUAAAUACAUGAAGUGCGAAUGGCAUUUUGUUCUGAAUAAUGGUUAGGCAGAAACUGAAGUGCGGUAGCAUUGAAACUAAGGUAGAUUAAUAUCGAAGAGCCAUAUACAUUUACUAUAUUAGUAAGGUAAAAAUAUGUGAAGCCAUGUUAUAUUGCAUUUUUUUAUAUACUAGUAUUUCCCUGGAGUAUGCUAAUAGUUAUGUGCUUGAAAAAUGUGAUGAAUUUUUAUAGACUGUUUCUAAGGAACAUAUUAGGCCUUUGUGAGUAUAUGGUAUGAAGGGGGAAGGGUUUUUUUUUAAUUGAUUUAGAUUUAUAUUUUUUUAAAGCCAGUGACAACUUUGUUGCAUAUGUAAAAUGAAUUGUUGGUGUUUAUGCAGUUUCUGUUGGACAAGUGUCCAACUUCAAAUCUCAGCAAAGAAGCCACAGAUUUCAAAGGACUGUGGAGACUGAACCUACCAUUUCUACAACCAGAGAAGAUUUCUCCAGAACAGUGAUGGAGCGAAGUUGGCAGGGUAGUGUGGGGAAGCCAGGCUGUUUGGGGAAAGUGAAGACUUCAGUCUCCAUAACUGUCGAACUGGAACCUUUCAUGAUGUCUAAUGACCAACAACACAUACUUUCUAAUUAAUUUCCCAGUAGUUAUGAAGUGAGUUAUAUUGCUAUGGAACUUUGGGCUUAAAGAAUACAUAUUAGAAUACACAUCUGAUUACACCGCAAAAAACUCUGCUUAAAACCGAGAAGUUAUGAAUUCAUAAAAUGUAUUUUAUAUUUGCAUGUGGUAAUGCAUGACAUUGUAUUUUCUGUAUGAAUAUUAAUCUUCUGUACCUGCAAGAGCUAUAACGCUUCCAUGAAAAAAUGUCAAUAAAGAUAUCGUUAGCAAUGAUUGCUAAGA